CGCCGCUCGGCUCGCGCGUCCCGUGUUUGCUUUUAAACUUUUCCGAGCAGUCGGAGCCGUAGGUGAGAGAGUGAGGGCGGGUAGGUCGCGUGACUCGCGUGACUCGGCCCGGUUCGGAUGUGACGGACUCCAGUGGGGAUUAACCGAUUUGAAUUGAGUGUCACUAACUGCUGAAGCGGAUAAUUUAGAAAAGCGACGUCGUAAGUGAAGACGCAGCCACAGAGACGCCGCUUGUAGCUGCGCGUGCGGAGAAAUGGAGGCUGUGAGUAAAUGGACUCCGCAGCAGGUGGUGGACUGGUGGAGAGGUCUGGACGACAGCCUGCUGCAGUACGUGCCGUCCCUCCAGCUGCAGCGGGUGGACGGGGAGCAGCUGCUCAGGAUGAGCCACCAGGAGCUGCUGUCUGUGGGCGUGGCGCGGGUCGGACACCAGGAGCUGGUGCUGGAGGCCGUGGACCUGCUCUGCGCUGUGAACUGCGGCGUGGAGUCGGACGUGCUGAAGACUCUGGGGGGGAAGAUGAGGGCGGCGCACCACAACCUGAACAGCGCCGUGUGGCAGCGCAGGAAGAACCCGGCCUAUCACGUCAAGAGCUCCCAUCAACCGUCCAACGAGUUCCUGACCGCCGUGGUGGAGCUGAUCGCAGCCGCCAAGAGUCUGCUGGCCUGGCUGGACAGGACUCCACUGACGAGCACCAACGACUUCACCUCCACCAAAAGCACAAUCAUCCAGCUGUGCCUGGAGCUCACCUCCACCGUGCAGAAGGACUGUACUGUUUAUGAGAUGGAGGAGAAGAUAGUGGAAGUGUCACAAGCUCUGAACGCCAUCUGUGAGAAAACCGUUCAGACGACGUCCGACCCGUCGAAGAGCAACAUGACGUGUCUGGAGGAGGUUCACAUCACCAACAUCAAGCCUGGGGAGGGACUGGGAAUUUACAUCAAGUCCACGUACGACGGCCUCCACGUCAUCACGGGGACCACAGAGAACUCUCCUGCAGAUAAAACCCAGAGAAUUCACGCUGGAGACGAGGUCAUCCAGGUCAACAGUCAGACUGUGGUGGGCUGGCAGCUGAAGCACCUGGUGGAGAAGCUGAGGGCGGAGUCUGGAAGCGUCACCCUGCUGGUGAAGAAGCGGCCGCACGGGGCCUCCGGCAGCUUCGCUCCUGCUCCGCUGAGGAACCUGCGCUGGAGGCCGGCGCUGGUCCAGACGUCUCAGGGAGCUCCAGGCAGAGAGCUGUACAGAUGUCGACAGGCAGAAAGCUCAGACGCUUCAGGGCACAGAAGGAACACAGCCAUGAUGGAUUUGUACAUUCCUCCUCCUCCUGCAGCCCCGUAUGCGCCGCUAAAUGGGAACGAGGCUCCAGGUGUGAGAAUGAGGCCCAAGUCUCCAAACUCGUGUCUGGACUCAGACGAGCUCAGGUCAUCUGAGAGCGGUCCCUUUGAGGCCGGACAGCCCGUCUGCCUGCGCCAGCGGCCGUCCCAGCGCUGUAAACCUCGACCCGUUUCCAUGCCAGUUGAGGCGUUUGCGGCCGUGUCCGACUCGUCCUCCAGGCCCGGAGCUAAAGGAAGGAAAGGCCAGAAGCCUCUGCACCGGUUCCUGAGCAACGAGGGCAUCAGCGCCAUCCUGGAGGAGGAGCCGUCCUUCCCUCUGCCCUACCGAGGACACCCGUCUGUCCGCGGCGUGGACCACAUCAGAGGCAGCCAGUGCUUCAUCAACGCCGACCUGCACAGCAGCGCCACCAUCCCCUACCAGGAGGCCGCGUCCAAGAAGCCGGCGGCCGCCCCGUCUGCUCGGACUCCAGCGAAGCAGCCCACGUCGCUGCUCGGCGGCUGGUUGGCUCGACUCCGGCUGCUCAGCCACAGCCUGGCGCCAGGUUCUGCUCCGGCUGUGACUGGGUCUCUGUCUCAGACUGCAGCCAUGAGUCGGCGGCGUGUGUCCGUCAAAGACCUGGGCACGUUGGACUGUCAGGGCUGGCUGCACCGCAGGAAGGAGGGCCGCAGCUUCCUGGGAAGCAAGUGGAGGCGAUACUGGUUUGUCCUGAAGAGGAGCUGUCUGUACUGGUACCGGGACAAGACGGACGAGAAGGCAGAAGGCUUCAUCAACCUGUCCGGCUUCGCCAUCGAACAGGCCAAGCACUGCAGGAGGAAACACGCCAUCACGGCCAGCCAUCCUCUGGUGGUGAGCAUCUUCAUCGCUGCAGGGACGUUCACCGAGAUGAAUAAGUGGAUCAGUAAACUGACAGAAGCUGCCGGUCUGAGCGACACGACGGACGCUGAAGACUGUUACAGCGAAGGCAGCGACCCAGACGGGGACGAGGAUGCGUCAGCGUGUUCUCAGGACUCUGAACAUGAAACACCAGAGCCUGAACAUGGAGAUGCUGUGAGUGAGUCAACCUGGAAAACAGCCACUGCAUCCAGACGCAGGAGCAGCUCGGAUGGAGGGGACGCGAGGAGAAGCAGAGGAGGGGGCUUCAGCCAGCGUCUGUCGUGGCCUCAUCCCUCCAGACUCGAACCCGGUGGAGCAGCAUCGCCUCCUUUGGUCCAGGUGGAAGAACAAGAGGAAGUCGAGAAGACGCCUGAUGAGAUGGAGAGUCUGUACAGGGACCUGAGGGCAGCGAGCCUGUCGGUGACGGGUCAGUGCAGCCGGAGAGACUUCAGAGCUUCGUUCAUACGACGAUGUAACAACGACAAGGUCAACGACAAGCUUCACCUGCUCAGGAUCCUGAGCAGCACGCUGAAGGCCAAAGAGUCAGAGCUGCAGACGAUGGAGCAGAUACUGGUGGACCAGACUCUCUCAGCAGCUGACUACAGGAAGUGGAGGCUGUCCAACCACGUCCUGCUGCAGCAGAUCGGUAAACACAGCCAGGCAGCAGGGGGCGCCUCUGAGCCGACGCCGCCUGAGACCGGGAUCAGGGUUUGACCCAGUGGACAAAGAUCAGCAGUCGCCUAAAGACUGGCAAAAAAUGGAGGACAUGAGCAAAAGCUCACAACUGUGCAACAGAGGAACUAAAACUAGCAGCUCAGUCUUUUUUCACAUUUCUUUGUAUUUAAGCUUUUCAGAAGCACAUUCCCAUCAUGCACCUGGAGUUAAAUAAAAAUAAUGCUGUUCAGGA